GUUUCGACGUGUCACCCGGGGCAGUGAGAAAAUUUCUGUGACGGCCGGUCCUUUUAGCCUCGGAAUUGCGCUCGAAAGCAUGUUAUAAAUGUCGAUUCUGCUUCUCCUGUCGGAUCAUUCUAGCAGCUCGCCUCACUCUCUCCACGCCACUCUAGAAACAGAGUUUGAUCUCUGAACAUGGCGGAAUCUGCACCUGUUACUCCCUCUGCUGAGCUCUUGGAAUGGUCGAAGAAAGACAAGCGCCGGUUCCUUCACGCUGUUUACCGUGUUGGUGAUCUUGAUCGCACCAUAAAAUUUUACACGGAGUGCUUUGGGAUGAAGCUUCUGAGGAAAAGGGACAUCCCAGAAGAGAAGUACUCGAAUGCCUUCCUCGGGUUCGGGCCAGAGGAAUCUCAUUUUGUGGUGGAGCUUACGUACAAUUAUGGUGUAACAUCUUAUGAUAUUGGAACCGGAUUUGGGCACUUUGCUAUAGCCACUGAAGAUGUCUACAAGAUGGUUGAAACCGUAAGAGCCAAGGGUGGGAAUGUCACGAGGGAGCCUGGUCCAGUUAAAGGUGGCAACUCUGUGAUUGCAUUUGUGAAGGAUCCUGAUGGCUACACCUUUGAGCUGAUUCAAAGAGGCCAAACUCCUGAGCCACUCUGCCAAAUAAUGCUCCGUGUUGGUGAUCUGGACCGGUCAAUAAAGUUCUAUGAGAAGGCGCUCGGUAUGAGGCUUUUGAGGAAAAUCGAUAGGCCAGAGUACAAGUACACUCUGGCCAUGAUGGGAUAUGCUGAGGAGCACGAGACGACUGUCCUGGAACUGACCUAUAAUUAUGGUGUCUUGGAAUACACCAAGGGAAAUGCAUAUGCACAGGUUGCUAUCAGCACCGAUGACGUGUACAAGAGUGCCGAGGUUGUGAAAGUGGUGACUGAAGAGUUCGGGGGAAAGAUUACUCGACAGCCUGGACCCAUUCCGGGAAUAAACACCAAGAUCACGUCUUUCCUGGACCCAGAUGGUUGGAAAACUGUCCUUGUCGACAAUGAAGACUUCCUGAAGGAGCUGCAGUAGAAGGGCAAAGAUGUGGUGGAGAGCCUCUGGAAUCCCUUAUUACCUAUAGAAAAGAGAUUCAGAAAUGCCUUUUAAGAACAAAAGUAAGAGAGUACUCCGAAUCGUAUAAUAAGUUGAGGAUGUGAUUAAUAGUCAGAUGUUGGGAGGAGCCUGUCCGGUAUCUACUUAUGGCUGUUAAUUAUUAGUAUGAUGGUAGUUGGAUGUAUCAGCACUUGAGACUUGGUGCCUCAGUAUUGUCUUUUCCAUUCAGCUGGUUGUUUUAGAUAUCUUUAGAUUUCCUGGGUCGGGUUACCCAUAAAUUUUGAACUCCAACUCAUACUAAUAUUCGGGCAGUGAUAUGAGCGGAAACGGAAUAUAGUCUGUUCCAAGAGUUUAUUAUCA